UUAUUCAUUAUAAAGAAAUAUAUUUAUAGAUGCUAGCACAUAAAUUAAACUUGUUUUUUACUUAUAAGAGUUAUGAAACGAAGUGAAAAACCAACAGAUGACGAAGAUGAAACAGAAAUUGAUGAGGAAGUUACCGAAAGUGAAGAAUCCGGUGUUUCAAAUAAAAAGCCACACUUUCUUGGUAUCCCGAUUUAUAAAUUAUCUUACAAGCGAUUACCCAGAAAAUGUCUAAGAAUUUCAUUUUUUACAAUCAACGCUGGCGUAUUUCUGGCAGGAAUAUCUGCAGUGGUAAUAUCAAUGUGGAUGUUAGCCGACAGUAAAUUAAUGCUACGUUUGACAGCUCAAAAAUUAUUCGUUACAAUUCUUCUCAUCAUCGGAAUAGUUUUCACAAUUUUAGCUUUCAUUGGAAUCGUCGCGUUCGCAAAAAAAAAAAAAAAAUUUCUAAUCAUCUAUAUUGCCUGUCAUUCAUUGUCGCUCUGCAUUAUCUUCUUCUGUUCUGUAAUGAGCGCCUCGUUCUUUGAACGGAUAACAUCUAAAAUACGCCAAGACAUGAACACUACGCUAAUUAAAUACCAUUCACUGGAUUGGGUCACUGAGGCGUGGGAUAAUACUCAGCAAUAUCUUAAAUGUUGCGGAAUUAAAUCUUACAAAGACUGGGGAGAAUAUUUAAUGGAAAUACCUCAAAGUUGCUGUUCAAAAUUAAUAGAUCAAUGUCUUCAAAUGUCUCCAGACGUAGCUUAUAAAUCUGGAUGCUUAAAAAAUUCAUACCUGAUGUUAAAAUCAUACGUUGAUACGGUGACAGUUGCGAUACUUUUGCUUUCUUUCACUACAGGAGUAAGUUUAUUUUUGGCAGUAGGAUUAAAGAAGAAAUUAAAAUCACGGAUGGAUUAUUGAUAAAAAUAAAAAUACAAAUCGACUUAAAAACGGUUUUCCCUUUUUUUAUUAUCAUAUAUAGAUCAUAUAUUUUUUUCAAAACACUUAAUAUACCGCACUUAUAAUAAUAAUAAUAAUUAAUUUAUAAUUUAUAAUUAAUAGUAUAAAUUAUUAGACAUUUAGCAUUUAAUGUCACAAGUGGCAGAUUUUGCUUAAACUUUAUCCGAGCAUCAUUUCUUAAUCAUUUUAUUUCAAAAUAAAUUGACUCUCGCCCGGAGUCAUAGUUGCGAUAAUUAUAUUUAGUACAUAAAUUUUUAUAUUUUAAUUACGGUUUUCAAAGAUUUUUAUUUUCAUUUAAAGAUUUCGUUCAAUAAAUUUAAAAGAGUCAUUUGUUAAUAACUCAGUGUCUCGUAUAUAAAUAUUAAAUAUUGACAAUCGAUCAAGUGCUUUUGUAUUUUGAACACGUUAUUUAUAAUUAUUAUUAUUAUUAUUAUUAUUAUUAUUAUUUAUCUGAUUUAAUGUAGAUAUUGUUUGUGAGAUAGGAUAAGAUUUUAUUGGGCGCAUGUUCAGGCAGAUCAUCC